AGAUGAAAAGAAACAAUAAUGAACCAGAUAAAAUUAGUUACACAUCAUUGAUGGAUUAUUUUGCUGAUAAUCAUCAAAUAAGAAAUGCCCAAAAAACAUUUGAUUAUAUGUGUAAACAAGGAAUUCCUCACGAUAUAAUAAGUUAUACAGUACUUGCGAAGGCUUAUGCAUUAUUAGGUAAUAUUAAAGGAUGUUGGUAUGUAUUUAUUGAAAUGAUAAAAGCGGGAUAUGAACCAGAUAGUGUGUCAACGUUAAUUAUGUUAAAUGCAUAUAAUCGCAAAAAAGAUAUUAAAGGGGCUAUUAAAUACUUAAAAGAAGAUUAUUCAGGGAUAGAAAAACUUAAUACUUGGCAUUAUAAUAUUAUAUUGAAUAUGCUUGCUCGAGAUAAACAACGGGCUAAUGGCGCAUUUUUAUUAUUCAUGAAAAUGUUGUACAGUCAAAAUCAACCAUCAAAUUUUUCAGAUUCUUCAGAUUCUUCUAAUUCUUCUUCAGUUCAGAAAACAAAUACAAUAAAUCUAUCGAUUGAAUCUGAUAAAUCCGAUGGUAAUGAUGAUAACAUAGCCAAUAAUAUAGAUCCAUCACCAUCUUCUUCUUUAUUUACACACAGAGAAUUAAAUAUUCCACUUCCAGACAUUGAUAGU